AUGGAGGAAGCGCGCGCGGGGGUGACAAUUGAGGGCGCGAGGCGCUACUUAUCGUCUCAGUGGUGUGCACACGACAUGGGCGUCAGAGGACCCGGAACACUUGAAUUUGUCGGAGGUGAGAUGGAAUGCGAGAGCUGGAGGAUGUGGGCGAGGUGUGUGGGUACGAAGGGCGUUGAUGCUGCGGAACAAAGGGGUGUGGUGGGGAUGAGUUGGGAUGGCAAAGACUGGGAGGACGACGAGGAGGACAUCGGUGGGGUGACGGGGGUCCGUGUCUGCUGGGAACAUGCGGCGGAGAGAGGCGAGGCGACGACGAACUCGUGGAAGCGGGCAACCACGAUCCUCUAUCGCCAGCUCUCCUCCUCCUCCUCCUCUUUCCAGCUCUUUCUCUCUCCUCUGUUUUCGCUUUCUGUCAUGUUCUUGUAUUACUGA